AUGUGUGCGAAUCCAGUCUCAAAGCAAAAAGACCCCGCAAACCAGAGAAGAAGGAGAGAGGAGCAACAGGUCGAACUGAGAAGACAGAGGACCGAGGAACUGCUGAACAAGAAGCGUGUCUCAACCAGAGAGGCACAGUCAAGCAAUACGUUUGAAGCCACAAAAAGCUUGCUAUUUUCAAACAACUUGGAGGAUAUUUAUGGAGGAACAUACGAUUGCAGAACACGACUAAGCAUUGAUGUGAACCCACCCAUCCAGGAUAUAGUCGUUUCUGGAAUUGUGCCUAGGUUUGUUGAACUCCUAGACAAGAACUUUUAUACUCAGUUCGGUGACAAUCCUCUUUCUUCAAAAUGCAGAUUCGAGGCUGCAUGGGUUAUCACAAAUAUUGCCUCGGGAAACUCAGAACAGACGAAAUACGUUGUAAAUGUAGGCGCCGUUCCACUUCUUGUAAAAAUGAUAUCCGAAGACGACGAAGGAAUACUUGAUCAAAGUGUCUGGGCGUUGGCCAAUAUUUCAGGUGACAGCGAGGCGCUCAGAGACAUUAUUCUCGAAGCAGGCGCUCUUCAAAAGGUGGCUGAUUUGAUUCUCAAAUAUAUAAACACCAGCGGCAAUAUUAAGAUUUUGAGAAAUCUGGUAUGGCUUGUUUCAAAUCUUAACAGAGGCAGAUAUCCAGCCCCAACGCUGGAAAAUAUGCAGAAAUCAUUUUUCGUUAUUGAGAAGGUAAUACAGAUCAAUGAUCAAGAUUUAGUUUCAGAUGCCUUCUGGUGCUUGUCAUAUCUUGCUGAUGCAUCAUCCGAAAUGACUGACUCCAUUCUCAAGUCGUCAGCUAUGAAAAGGAUGUUUGAUCUUCUGAGUAACUUUUGUGGAGCUCUCCAGAAGCCUGAUAGCGACAAUAAACUGUCUAAAAUUGGCGCUUCUGCUAUUUGCCCAAUCGUAAGAACCCUUGGAAAUAUCGUUACUGGCACUGAAGAACAGACCAAUGCGGUUAUUAGCAUGGGAUUCUUGCAGUUUUUCCAUCCAAUAUUUUAUUUGUAUGACAACAAGAAGCUGCCAAGAAUACGAAAGGAGAUCUGCUGGCUCCUCUCAAAUGUUACAGCAGGAUCAGCAACACAAAUUGUCUAUGUGCUCGAGGGUGACUUGGUUGGACUGGUUAUUGACUCUGUCAACAAGCACGAUCUUUUCAUCAAAAAGGAAGCAGGAAUUGCGCUGUUUAAUAUGCUAUAUUUCUGUAAGGCGAAUCCGCAAUACCUGCAAAAGCUAUUGGACAUGGGUGCAUUGCAGGCGCUUCAGAAUUACCUAAAGGCUGUUGGAAAUCUUCCUGAAUCUCAGUCCAAGAUUUUGGACUGUGUCCGCUGUUCCCUUGAAGCUGGCGAGAAAAUCAAACAGAAAUACGGAAUAAACCCUGUAAUCCAAAUAUUGAUUGAUACUAAGUUUAUAGAUGAGAUCGAGGAGUUGCAAAAUCCCACAACCAGUAGUGUUAUAGCCAGACAGGCCUAUGAUAUUAUUGUUACGUACUUCGAGGGUGAGGAGGAAAAUCUAUAA